AUGACUACCGGACUAAUAACCGAUAGUGAAGUGAAUCGAAAUGUUGUUCUAUUAACGGAUACAAGUAAAAUAACACGUCAAAAAGCAUUACAAACACUGUGUAAUGAUAUUAAUUUGUUUACACUUGACAACAAUUGUGAAGAUGUCAAUGUAAAAGAAGAUUAUUUUUCUAAACGUUAUUUAAGUAUUCUUGAAUCGAUAAUAAAAUUAUUAAAUGAUCAAGCUGAAAAAAAUCGUGAUCUUGUACUGACAUUUUCUACAACGUAUUUAAAAAAAUGCAUGAAUAAAAAUGAUACAUUACCAAUAUUGAUUCCCGCUUUAACUCAACGAUUAGCGAAUAAUAGUACAUUCGAGUUGAUUGAAUCAUCCGAAGAAAUUCGUUUGAAAUCAAUUGAAUUACUAUUGAAAUUAUGUCAAUCGUGUACAAACGAUAAAUUAGUACUUUAUUUAAAUGAAUAUAUACAAAUAUUAAAGAAGACGAUCGUCGAUCCUUAUCCCGAAGUAAGAAAAUUAAGUUGUGAAACAGCAUCUAAUCUAGCCAAAAAAUGUCAAGAUAAAUUCCAUUUAAUGUCUGAGAUUCUAAUUAAACCAUUAAUUGAAACAAUGAAACAUCAACAUGCUAAAGUUCGAUGCGAAGCGAUAAAAGCAUUAGGUGAUGUUGUGCGGUUUGGCAAUAACAAAUCGAUAGAAGAAAGCGUAUCACCAUUGGCACAACGAUUUUUUGAUCAUACAUCAGCUGUCCGUCUUUCUGUACUAAACGUCAUUGGCUUAUGGUUGUUAGAAUUGCGCGAUCGUUAUUCUUAUUUUCAUAUGUUACUACCGUUGAUAUUAACUGGUUAUACGGAUGAUGUUGAAGAAAUAAAGGAAACAACGGACAGUUUAUGGUGGGACAUCGUGACUCGUCCAAAUCUUGGUUGUCGUGAACUUGUCAAACGACAUUUAAUUCGCAUUUUACCAGCAAUUAAAAAUGAUUUAACUGAUUGGGUUGUAUCAACUCGUUUAAAAUCAGCUCAAUUAUUAUCAGUUUUAACAUGGCAAGCUGAGGAAAGUAUAACUCAACAUUUCGCAGAUACUAUUCAAGUUGUAUCAAAAACAUUAGUGGACGAUGAAGUAAACGUUCGAGAACAGAUAAAUCAAGCUUUAAUUCAUGUAGGCUAUUUUGUGCCUUUUAAAACAUCGUAUCAUCUUAUUCGUCCACAUCUUGAACAACAAUCUCAAACUUUAUCUCUCAUUCGAAUAAUUAAUCCGUUGCUAAUUGGGGUUGAUUCUGAAGAAUUACUUCAACAGUGUAACUGUUCUCAUUGUAAUAAUCAUCCCAUUAUUGAACAACUUCUGCAUUAUAUUCUAAAACCAGAAUUUACUGAUAAUUUUCAAAUUCCAAUGCAAACAGAACUACUUCGAUUAUGUCAGUUAUUAAUAGAAAAAUGUGCACAUCAUUUACAACCGUAUUCUUAUAAGAUAUUCAAAUGUAUUUUAAGUAUUUUAUCCGUUGUGGAAAAUGAGCAAUUAAGAGAACAAUGUAGACAAACGUUAGGUUAUCUAUCAAAAUGUGGUUUUGAGGAUAAUUUGUCAUUGAUGUAUGAAACUUUAGCAUCACCAUUAUUUAAAGAUUUAAAAGAAAGUUGUCAUGAAUGGUUACGUAGUACACGUGAGCGAUUCAUAUUUGAAACGUUUAUUAUAGAGGCAGGUUCAUCUACAAUCCAUUUUUUAACGCCUAUUAUUGAUAUACUGGAAAUUGUUUUAAAUCCAGACCGAGAUUCGGAAUUACGAAAUCAAUCUUUAUUAAUUAUUGUUCAUUUAUUGAAUACAAUUGAUAAUCAAACAACGACAAAUGGUGAUGAAUUAAACAACCAUAUUGUACCAUUGAUUAAAUCUUGUAUAUUACCAAACAUGAAAUGGAAAGCAGGAAGAACGGCAGGAGCUAUACGAGCAACAGCCAUAGCAACACUGUGGGCAUUAUUUCAAACACGUUCAUUCAAUUUUGAAAGUUGUUCAUCAUUAUUUAAUGAACUUCUAACUGAUAUACUCGGUAUGUUAGAUGAUGAUGAUCGUUUAACGAGAAUAAAUAGUUGUAAAAUGUUACAUGCCUUAUUUUCAAAUGAAAAUGCUGUUAAUUCAAUUGAUAACGAUCGAUUACAUAAAUGUUAUCCAGAUUUAUUACAUCGAUUAGAUGAUGUCUCAGAUGAAAUACGAUUAACAAUGUGUACAACAUUAAUUGCUUAUUGUAAAUCAUUCAAAAACGAUUUUAAUCCACAAUUAUACAAUUCACAUUUAGAAGAUAUAGCCAAAACACUUCUCAUACAUUUAGACGAUCAAAAUUCAGAUAUACAAAACGCCAUUUAUACUGUUAUAUGCGAAUUUGCAUUAUUUAAUCCCAAUGUAUUUGUACAAGAAAUUAAUAAUGUAAAACAAAAACAUCGAAAGCAAGAGCUGUGUGAUAACUUGGUUGAGCAAAUACAGAGGACGAGGGAACGCACUGAAUAG